UAGAUGACGUAGACGCUUCAAUCUUGACGAUGACUAUUUUUUGAUUUUGAGAGGAAAUUCAAAAUAUUGCAAAAAAUGCAGUCGAAGUUCCCAUAUUAAUCAUUCAUUAAAUAAUUUUAUUAUUUGUAAACGUAAUAUUCAAUCAACGCUUGUACAUAUUCCAAGGAAAUCACAAUGUCUGGCUUUCAAAAUACAAACGACUAUUCUUGGCAACCUCCUGAAAAUAGUCAAAAUUAUUCCUUCAAUAAUUCAAAUUCUUUUGGCGAUGCAUCUCAGAAUCUAGAUUUUCAGACAUUUGCUCCAGAACAUCAAAACUUUUCUUAUGAUCAGGGCCAGAAUAAUCCACCUAAUAAUAAUCAAUAUUACAACCCAAGCUUAUUUUCGCCUGCCCCAAUACCAGGAGAACCUGUAACAGCAUCUUCAGAAUUUGACGAGCCACCACUGCUUGAUGAGUUGGAAAUAUAUCCAGACAGAAUACUUGAAAAAACACUCGCUGUUCUAAAUCCAUUUCAUGGACAAUCUAAGGCAGAUGAUGCAAACUUUCUCUUACGAGAUACCGACAUAGCAGGACCAAUUGCAUUCUGCUUAGCACUGGCAGUGUGUCUAUUCCUUGCUGGUAAUAAGGCACAUUUUGGUUAUGUUUAUGGAUUGUCAAUGAUGUCUGUAAUAUUAAUGUACUUUUUGCUGUCCCUUAUGAGUCGCUCUGAAGGAGUGUUUACUAUUUUAUGUGUUGCCAGUGUUCUAGGAUACUGUAUGUUACCAAUGGUUGCUUUGGCAGGGCUAGGAAUUUUCAUAUCUCUAGAGGGAGGGAUAGGUUUAUCAUUAUCAGCAAUAGCUGUUAUAUGGUCAGCAUUAUCGGCAAGCAGAUUAUUCGUUACUAUGUCAGGAGAUUCAGAACAAAGACCACUAAUUGCAUAUCCUUGUGCAUUAGUAAAUGGAGUGUUUGCUUUACUAGUUUUGUUUUAAACAUUUUAGUUUCUUAGGAGGACAUCAAGUUCAAUUUUGUACAUGUCAUGAAAAUCUUUUCAUUUAUUACAUUAUAUAAGAAGAAUAAUAAAAUUAUUGAGCAUGUAUUAAAAAUAAACUUGAUGUUAAAGCAAUU